AUGGCUGUCCGGGAGGAGGCGCUGCACAUCCUCUUCUUUCCGUUCCUGGCGUCCGGCCACCUCAUCCCUAUCGCUGACAUGGCCGCGCUCUUCGCCGGCCGCGGCGUGAAGUGCACCAUCCUCACCACGCCCGUCAACGCCGCCAUCAUCCGCUCCGCCGUCGACCGCGCCAACGACGCCUUCGCCGGCACCGGCUGCCCGGCCAUCGACAUCGCCGUCGUGCCGUUCCCCGACGUCGGGCUCCCGCCGGGCGUCGAGAACGGCACGGCGCUCUCGUCCCAGGACGACCGCGACAAGUUCUUCCACGCGGCGACUCUGCUCCGGGAGCCUUUCGACCGGUUCCUCGCCGACAACCGCACCGACGCCGUCGUGUCCGACAGCUUCUUCCAUUGGUCCGUCGACGCCGCCGCGGAGCGCGGCGUCCCGCGCAUCGCGUUCCUCGGCAGCAGCAUGUUCGCGCGCUCCUGCAGCGACAGCAUGCUGCGCCACAACCCGCUGGAGAACGCCCCCGACGAGCCCGACGCCCUCGUUCUGCUGCCGGGGCUGCCACACCGCGUCGAGCUGAGGCGGAGCCAGAUGAUGGACCCGGCCAAGAAGCCGUGGCAGUGGGGGUUCUUCAAGGGCGUGAACGCCGCCGACCAGAGGAGCUUCGGCGAGGUGUUCAACAGCUUCCACGAGCUGGAGCCGGAUUACGUCGAGCACUUCCACAAGACGCUCGCCCGGCGCGUGUGGCUCGUCGGGCCGGUGGCGCUCGCCAGCAAGGACAUGGCUGUGAGAGGCACUGACGCGCCCUCGCCGGACGCGGACAGCUGCAUCCGGUGGCUUGACGCGAAGCCAGCCGGCUCGGUGGUGUACGUCUCCUUCGGCACGCUGACCACGUUCGCACCGGCGGAGCUGCACCAGCUCGCUCGCGCCCUCGACCUGUCAGGCGUGAACUUCGUGUGGGUGAUCGGCGCCGCAGCAGGCAGAAACUCUGCUGAAUGGAUGCCGGAAGGCUUCGCCGAGCUGAUCGCGAGCGGCGACCGCGGCUUCAUGGUCCGUGGCUGGGCGCCGCAGAUGCUGAUCCUGAGCCACGCCGCCCUCGGCGGGUUCGUGACGCACUGCGGCUGGAACUCUGUUCUGGAGGCCGUGAGCGCCGGCGUGCCGAUGGUGACGUGGCCGCGGUACGCGGACCAGUUCAACAACGAGAAGCUGGUUGUGGAGCUGCUCAAGGUGGGCGUCAGCAUCGGCGCCAAGGACUACGCGUCGGGCGUCGAGACCCACGAGGUGAUCGCCGGCGAGGUGAUCGCCGAGUCCAUCCAGAGGCUGAUGGAGAGCGACGCCAUCCGGAAGAAGGCGAAUAACCUCGGCGUGAAGGCAAGGAGCGCGGUGGAGAAGGGAGGGUCCUCGUACGAUGACGUUGGCCGGCUGAUGGACGAGCUGACGGUCCGCCGGAGCUCCGUCAAGGUUGGAGAAGGCAUCCAGGCCAGCUGA